AUGGAGAAGUGUGGGUUUCAUCCGCCAACCACCGAGAUUUACGGGGUCGCUGUGGACGCUCAUACUGAGUUUUUCUCGUCAAUUGCAUACCCUGCAGUGGCAGAGUUGGGUCUGCGAGUGAACAAACUUGGUAAAUCCAGCGUGACAUACGAAGUUGCCGUGUUUGAGCAGGGUGUUGCCGAGGUGAGGGCUGUAGCCACCUGUGUCCAUGUCUUUGUCGAACGCUUAACGGGAAAACCAUCACCACACGGCAUGACUGUCAAUCUAAGACAAGCUCUUCAGAAGCUGGAAGUGGAUAAAAGAACGAACAAGCUGUAG